UAUCUAAAAAGUUUCCAAGAAAGAGAAAAAACAGAGGUAUAGAAGAAGAAAGAGAAACAUUAACGGUCGAAGCUCGAAGCUCGAAGCCGAAGCCGAAGCCGAAGCCUCUCUAGUCGCCGGUGGUCUCCGGUCACCACAGAAGAUUGAACCAAGUCGCAUCUCCAAGGGAAUCGCCGUUCGCAAUUGUUAGAGUUUUUGAGAAUUGGGGGAAAUCCAAAAUUAGGUUAGUAAUUUACUGAUUUUGGGUUUUUUUCAAAAAAAUAUGGCCUAAAAUUCCAAGGAAACGUCAGAAAAUGGUCUAAGCCAUCCUUAAUACGUACCCGAGCAAGAGGCUAGCCGUCCCCAAAUAAUUUGGGCCAAAUUGGAUUGCCGUACCACUUUCGAAGGGGACGCCUUGGGAUGUUUCCAAGCCGUAACCGUCCCCGAAACGUUUCCGAUACGGGAGACGGCUACAAUCUGACGAAUCCGUGUAUCCUUGCUUGCCGUCCAAUACUUGUAUUGAAGCAGCUUCUGAGGAUUGAACUAUGAAUUCCGAGAGGAGGAUUACCCGUAGUUGUUCUAGAUUGUUGGGAAGAAAAGUAGUUGUUGGGUUGAAUUCACAAAGUAAACAAAUAGGCAGGAAUUUGUUCAACAAUCAGAGUUAUGAAUGGAAAGCGAGGAAAGUUCUCAGUCCGGUGCAACCCUCAGCUGUUACAGUAGGUGGUGAAGUGAAAGGAAAAAGUUGUACUAAGGGGAAGGAAAACAGAAGUGAUUCUUGUAAAGGUUCUAAAACAAUUAAGUCGACUUAUCUUUCUGGUUGUGUUAAUAGAGGAGGUCAAAGGGGAAGACGAAACAAUCUUUUUGAUGAUGAACAUGGAAGGGAUGGCAAAACAGAUGAUUCAUGCAAACAGAAGGAGGGAAAUGUGGAGAGGAGGAUUACACGUAGUGUUUCUAAAACAGAUGAUUCUUGCAAGAAAAAAGAUGGAUAUGUGGAGAGGAGGAUUACGCUUAGUGUUUCUAAAACAGAUGAUUCAUGCAAACAAAAAGAUGGAAAUGUGGAGAGGAGAAUUACGCGUAGUGUUUCUAAACAGGUGGGUUUAAAUUGUCAAACUAUGUUGAGGCGGAGCACCCGAAUGUCUUCUACAGGCAGUGUUUCAUACAUUAAGACUGAACCACGAAUGACAAUACAAUGUGGUUCAGUGUUGUCUGCCUGUGUUAUAGAAGACGAGAAGAAAGAUUCAAAAGACAUCAAGGCUAAGGAAAAGAAAUCUGAUGAUUGUGCUGAAGUAGAUAUACAAGGAAGAAGGGAAUCCAAGCUGACUGGAGUGAAAAGGAGAAGAAAGCAAGAUGUGCUUCAAGGGAAUAGUCAAGGGUGGACAAAGGAGCAGGAAGUAGCGUUGCAUAAAGCUUAUUUCUCUGCAAAACCAAGUCCGCAUUUUUGGAAGAAAGUUGCUAAACUGGUUCCAGGAAAGUCUGCUCAAGAAUGUUUUGAUAAAGCUCACUCAGACAAUCAGACUCCACUUUCCUCUAAGUCAUCUUCAAGAGCUAAAAAACAGAACUUACCAUCUAACUUAGUCUCUGGAAGUGAAUUGUUUAAAUAUGUUGAAACGAAGAGAAAAAGGCCUUGCAAGAGUAAGUGUAAGAGCCGGGUGGCACGUAAAACUGUGAGACAAUUAUUGCAGAAGUAUUGUCAUGUGAAUCAAGAUAAUGAAGCAGAUUUGUUUGCUGUUCUUGAGCCUUCAGUAAAUUACUCAGCUGAAGCCCUUCAGCUGAAUGCUGUACAGUUGACUCCGAAACAAUUACAGAGAAGCCCAGAUUCCUCAAAGUCUUGGGACAGAUCUUCUUCUGGCCGUAAGAACCACCUUUCGAGGUUCAGCAAUCGAAGUGCAAGCCCCCUUACAAGUCCUCCAGUUCUGAAGAAGGUGAAGAAUAUGGCUUUACAUGAGAAGUAUAUUGACCAAUUGCACAUCAGGGAGAAUAAGAGAACGGUGGCUUUCUCACGCUGUCUGAAGUCAGCUCGUAACCAAUUGGAUAGAAAAGAAAACUCUGUAAACUCUGUUCACGUGAAGGAUAUCAUUAAAGCAGCGAAAGAUGCCCUAGUUUUUGAUGCCAAAGAUGCCAUUGAUAAAUUUCAACAGUCGCAGGCCAAUACUACAGAAGGAGUUUCAGACUCUGAGGAAUUUCUAUAUAGUGAUAAUGAUGAAGAUGAAGCUGUGCUGUAAGAUGCAUCCUUGAGCAUGCAACUAUAGUAAUGGGACUCAAUUCGUUUGAGCUGCUGUAUGAUCAGAAAGAUCUGUUAAGAUGAUGGAUUUAACCAGGGCUGAGGCUGCACUAGUUUCUGACCCAAGCGACUGUUAUCCGAGGAAAUCUUCAAUCACUGUUAAAGAUGAAACAGAAUUUUAAGAUUCUCUCUUGAGCUUGCUAACAUAUUAGAACUUGGAGUUAGAUCUGACUUUGUAAUACUGUACUAUCCAAGUAUGAAUGUAUAUUCAAAGUUAAUCCAUAGGCUUUUUACCUAGCCCCAGUCGUAACCUAGGUUAGAGACAUAGAGAUACAUUUUUUGUAUUGUCAUUCUCUGUACAUUAGUACAUUUGAGGCAUCAUAUCUGGCUGCUGCAUUUUGAUUCCCAAGAUAAUGUUUAUAUUCAGGAAUUUCCUGAUCAAUGUGAGUGUCUGAGUUCGUAUGA